AUGACUUUGAGGUGGAAAUUCACAAUGGAGCCGUGGGUGCUAGCCGGGGUGAAGUUGAGGUUGGGUUUGAAUCAAGCAAUAAAGUUGGGACUGAACUUCCGGUUAGGGUGCACGGCGGGGCUUGAUUAUGGGAGUGCUAGUCAGAGUGGAGUUAGUGAGAGUGAUGAUGGACUUUGCUUUGAGAGUGAUGAUAGUGAGAGUGAUGAUCAUGAGAUUGAUUUAUUAACUUGGAUGUGUGAUCAACACAUUCUAUCUAGAGAUGAGGAAGGGAUACAUGAGGUAGAGAUGGUAAGGGAUGCGACAUUUAUUGUUGAUGCGGGACAAGAAGACAUGAAUGAGACUGAAAAUGAUGAGGACAACGAAGCCCAUGAAGAUCUUAGUCCUCCUAACUCUAGAGAUGAGGAGAUAUGUCACCAAACAAGGGCUUUGACUAUUAGAUAUGACCCUGGUUGUGAUCAUAGAGAAUUGCAAUUUCAGUUAGGCAUGAGAUUUGAGUCUCAUACUCAAUUUAAGAGGGCAGUCCGGAAAUAUGCAAUCAUGAACGGCUACAACAUUGGUUGGAAGAAAAGUGAAUUUAAAAAGAUGUAUGCGAAGUGUGUGAGCGGAUGUGAAUGGUCUCUUUAUGGCAGUUGGUUGAACAAAGAGAAAACAUUUGUCAUCAAGACAAUUGGUGAAGACCAUACUUGCCCUAGAAGUAUGAGAAAUAAAAGUGCAUCUUAUGUAUGGCUUGCGGAAGAGUUCUUGCCUAAGAUAAGAACUAAUUUGAAAUAUCUUGCAGCACAAUUGCAGGCGGAUGCAAUGGAGAUGUGGGGACUCACGCUCAACAAAAGAACCUGUUAUAGAGCAAUUGCCAGAGCUCUUAAGAUUAUUAGGGGUCCAUUUGCCGAGCAAUAUAAGUUAUUGGCAUCUUAUAAAGCUCAAUUAAAGCAAUCUAGUAAGAACAGCACAUUUCAUGUUUUACUUAGACACCCACAAAACAUGUUCAAGAGAUUUUAUGUAGGCUUCGAAGGGCUGAAAAUGGGCUGUCUAGAAGGUAGAGGUGAUUGUUGGACCUUCAUUAGUGAUCAACAAAAGGGCCUUAUUAGUGCGGUUUCUUCAUUGGCUCCUUGUCUUGAACAUAGGAAUUGUUCAAGGCACAUUUAUGCAAAUUGGAAAAAACUAUACAAGGGAGAAACAUUUCGAAAUUACUUCUGGAAAGCUGCAUAUGCUACAUACGAGGCUGAAUUCAACAUAGCAAUUAAAGGAAUGAAGGAGGAGUCUGUUGAUGCCUAUGAAGACUUCAUGAGACAAGGGCCAGAGCACUUCUACGGGGCAUUCAUAAAGGCUGGGCGAAAAUGUGAUGCCAUCGAGAACAAUUUGAGUGAGACUUUCAAUGCGUAUAUCUGCAAGCAGAGAGAGAUGCCAAUUGUUGAUAUGUUAGAAGCGAUAAGAACGACUUUGAUGGUAAGAAUGUAUGAGAAAAGCCAGUUGAUGGUGGAUUCCCGAGAUGAAUUGUGUCCAAGAAUUAGGGGAAAGGUAGAGGAAGCAAAGAUGAAGUCCAGGUGUUGUGUUGCCAAACCAUGUAUUGGGGGAAAGUUUGAAGUUGAAGUUGAUAAUGAUCGAUUUGAGGUGGAUUUGAGAGGGAUGACAUGUACUUGUAGGCAAUGGGAUAUCUCGGGAAUACCCUGUAGCCAUGCUAUCUCGUGCAUCAAUUAUAUGAAGCAUGAGAUUAAUCAAUAUGUUGAUGAUUGUUUCAAAAAAGAAGCUUACGAAAGAUGCUACCAAUUUCCAUUGCCGACGUUGAGUGGGAAGAAAAUGUGGCCAUUGUCCAUUGAAGAGCCAAUAUUGCCUCCGCCAUUCGGAAAGCUUCCGGGGAGACCCAAGAAACAACGCAAUAAGCAAGGUGAGAAUAUUGAGAAAAGGACAAGAAAGGGGAAGGCCAUGGUUCAUCCAAAUACUAAUCCAAAUAAAUUGACAAAAGUCGGGGUAAUCAUCUCAUGCUCAAACUGUCAUGACUCGGGACACAAUAAGAGAACAUGCCUCAAGCCUCUAGCACCAACACGCAUUAAACCUCCGGUAAGAAAUAAUGGAGACAAAGAAAACUUACAUAUGGCCCAAGCCUCUAGUAUCAACAUGGCCUCGUGACGAUAAUUACUGUAACUUAUACUUACUUUUCUAUGCGGGGUAAAAAGGGAAGACCAAGAAAACAUCCGAGACCAGCCAUGGUGAAAGGGACAUCUACCGGACAAGGAGAUGCUAUAACACAAGAAUCUGCAAGUCAAACCCACCAUGUCUCAAAUCGGGCUUGUAGAACAUGUGGAACUCAAGAAUCUGCAUGUC